AUGAAUUGAAAACUGAAUAUAAUAAUUGGGUUAAUGCAGCAAAACUAUUUUCGUCAGGAGACCAUUAUGUUUAUAUUGAUAUAAGAAAUAAUGAUGUCUUUCGGGGUCCACCUAACAAAAUAACAAAUGCCAAACAUCCUGGUCCAAGCGAGGAACUACAUAAACGAAAUCUUACAGCAGAAAUAAAU